UAGAUGUAAUAAUCACAGUAAGACAAGAGAAGUUAGUAGGAUCAUAUAUUUUUUAAAACAACACAAUGCUUCUUGGUGUGGUGGGAUAAAAUAUGUGUUUCUGUAGCUAAUGGUUCUUUAUAUCAAUAUAUCUCUCUGGUAAUUAAGACCCUACUGUAGCUGAUGGUACCCUAUCACAAGCUUAACUUUUAAGACUUUAUAAUAACCUGUAUCAAAUAAUAAUGGUAUAUUCUUAGGGUCUAGAUGAAAGUAAAGGAUUACUCACCCAAAAUUAUAAGUUAAAAUAAUGAACUUAAUAUAGAAUGAACCCUAUUAUAUGUAAGAUAACAAAUAUCCUGAAGCAACAACCCAGGAUGGUAGACAUUAAUUUAGCCCCCCAAAUCACCCAAUUAUACAUAAUUUCAUGCUAAUUUGAAUGAUGCCUUUUUUUUUCCUUUUGGCAUGUAUAACUCAAAUAGAGACACCCCCCAAUGUGUAUAAAAGCCCAAAGAAGCCAUCAGCACACAAUAUUCUGUUCUCCUCUGAAGUCACAGCUAUCCACAGACAAAGUGACCAUUUCUCAUAUUGCCAUGUCUCUCCGAUUUUCUAGCGGGUCCAGGCAUAUUUGCCUACGGUCUGGAACUGGAUCUGUCAGACCAUCCAAUGGAGGCACAGGCUUUGCAGGUAGCAAUGCUUGUGGCAACUCUGGUGCUGGACGUGGAUUUUCCUACGCUUUGGGCGGCGGCUUGGGCAGUCUUCCUGGUGGGGACCAUGCUGGUGGUAUCCCGGGAAGUGGUACCUGUGCUGGCUUUGCUGGAAGUGAAGGGGGACUCUUCUCUGGGAAUGAGAAGGUGACCAUGCAGAAUCUUAAUGACCGCUUGGCAUCCUACCUGGAUAACGUGCGAGCUCUGGAGGAGGCAAAUGCUGAACUAGAGAGAAAAAUCAAGAGUUGGUAUGAAAAACAUGGUCCUGGAUCUUGCCAUGGACUUGAUCAUGACUACAGCAGAUAUCACUUAACAAUCGAAGAUCUUAAGAAUAAGAUCAUCUCUUCCACUACGGCAAAUGCUAAUGUCAUUCUGCAGAUUGAUAAUGCCAGACUGGCUGCUGACGAUUUCCGGCUAAAGUAUGAAAAUGAGCUCGCCCUUCACCAAAACACAGAGGCUGACAUCAACGGGUUACGGCGAGUCCUGGAUGAACUGACUCUCUGCAGGACUGACCAGGAACUGCAGUAUGAAUCCCUGAGUGAAGAGAUGACCUAUCUCAAGAAGAACCAUGAAGAGGUAGGGGAAGAUUUAGCUCUAAGCGCCAGCCUGCAGCAGCAGAUCUCUGACGACGCGGGCGCGGCCUCCUCCGCCAGGGGCGAGCUCACGGAAAUGAAGCGCACGGUGCAGACCCUGGACAUAGAGCUGCAGUCCCUCCUGGCAACGAAACACUCCCUGGAGUGCUCCUUGACAGAGACGGAGGGCAACUACUGUGCACAGCUGGCCCAGAUCCAGGCUCAGAUCGGAGCCCUGGAGGAGCAGCUGCACCAGGUCAGGACCGAGACCGAGGGCCAGAAACUGGAAUACGAACAGCUCCUGGACAUCAAGGUCCACCUGGAGAAAGAAAUCGAGACCUACUGCCGCCUGAUAGAUGGAGACAGAAACUCAUGCUCUAAAUCAAAAGGCUUUGGAUCAGGAAGCCCAGGAAAUUCAUCUAAAGAUUUACCCAGAACCACGCUGAUAAAGACGGUGGUUGAAGAGAUAGAUCAACGUGGUAAAGUUCUUUCAUCAAGGGUUCAGUCCAUUGAAGAGAAGACAUCUAAAAUGACCAAUGGCAAGACAGAACAAAGAGUUCCUUUCUAAUUGUCACUUUUGAGAAAAGAAUCAUUUGGGGAAAUAUCCUGGAAAACUUCAUUAUUCUAAAUAUCAAGGAGAUAAUAAAAACACUUUCUACCCUUAAAGAUUAGUUACUUACCAAGAAAAAAAAACCCUGUUGUCUUAGUUACCUUUUACAGGAAGUUGGGUGUUUAUUUUCAAAUAAAUAAAAAAGUUGAUGUGCACUUAUGUUCAUUCACUCAUGACAAAUAAAUAAUUGAGAGUUAUUUUUUCCAUGUCUAAUUCAUAGGGAAACAUUUAUGGAAUAUAUUUUAACUGCCUUUUGCCCUAGCUUUAUAUAAUAGUCAAUACCAUAUGGCAAUUAAAUAUUAAACAUUCACUAGGCA